AUCGAGUUAACAAUUUCACUUCUUGGUGUUCACAUCGAGCCACAAAUAGGCUAACAGGCAAACAAAAUUUAACCGUCAAUCUCACUGGAUCCUCAGUUCCCCAAAUUGGACAAUUUCACGCAAAUAAAUAAAUAAAAAUAAAAGCAGUUAUCAGUUUUCGCGCUCGAAUUGUUGCCAAUCUUAUUUGCUUUAGCCAACCAUUAUCCUUGUAUUCUCCUAUACAAAUCGUUCAAGCUCAACCACAAAACAACAUGAUGAAGUCUAUGCAAAUUCUGCUGUGCUACGGUCUGCUGUUGACCAUGUUCUUUGCCCUGAACGAGGCACGACCCUCGACGGGCGAGGCAGCUGCUGAUACGGAUGGAAUGGAGACUCCGGAUGCUGAGGAUGUGCGUGGUGCCUUUUCGGGCUAUGAGUUGCCUGCUCAGGCCAUUUAUCCCAACAUUCCCAUGGACCGCUUGCAGAUGCUGUUCGCACAGUACAGGCCCACUUACAGCGGCUAUCUGCGCACACCCUCCUAUGCCAACAUGAACGAGUUGUACCGACUUCCAGAGAGCAAGCGUCAAGUGAGAUACCGACAGUGCUACUUCAAUCCCAUCUCCUGCUUCAGGAAGUAAAUCUCUUCAGCUUCGAUCUGAAACCAUAGCACAACCAACACAAACAAACAACAAAAAUAAAAAGAAAAAACAACAAAAAAUGAC